AUGUGUGGCAUUUUUGCGUAUCUAAAUUUCCUGACGCCGAAGACACGGCGCGAAGUGUUGGAUCUGCUGCUGAAUGGGUUGAAGCGGCUCGAGUACCGUGGGUACGAUUCGGCCGGUGUUGCCGUCGACGGUGCCACGGUCGAUGCCGACAUCCUGCUGUUUAAGCGCACCGGCAAGGUGAAGGUGCUGGAGGAUGCGAUUCGGGCGGCAGCUCAAGUGGUCGAUUUUAGCGAAUCGUGUGACACGCACGUUGGUAUUGCGCACACCCGUUGGGCAACGCACGGUGCACCGAGCGAGGUGAACUCGCAUCCCCAACGAUCGGACGAUACGAACGCGUUCGUCGUGGUGCACAACGGUAUCGUGACGAACUAUAAGGACAUCAAGAAGUUCCUGGAGCUGCGCGGAUACUCGUUCGAGUCCGACACGGAUACGGAGACGAUCGCGAAGCUGGUACAUCAUCUGUGGAAGCAACACCCGAACUAUUCGUUCCGCGAGCUCGUCGAGCAGGUGAUCGUACAGCUGGAGGGUGCGUUUGCGCUGGCGUUCAAGUCGAAACAUUUCCCUGGGGAGUGUGUCGUGACACGGCGUGGCUCUCCGCUGCUGGUGGGGAUUAAGGCGAAAACAAGCCUGGCCACCAAUCACGUACCGAUCCUGUACGGGAAGGGACACCGACACGGUUCGUCCGGCAAUGUGCAGGUGGAACCAACACCAGACAACACGGCCGACUUUAUCAAUCCGGGCGAAGAGGUGGAAUACUUCUUCGCCUCGGAUGCGUCCGCUGUGAUCGAGCACACGAACCGCGUCAUCUAUCUGGAGGAUGACGAUGUGGCUGCGGUAAAGGACGGUGCGCUGGGCAUUCAUCGGCUGAAGAAGAGCCAGGAUGAUCCGCAUGCGCGCGAAAUCACCACGCUCAAGAUGGAGAUCCAGCAGAUCAUGAAGGGCAACUAUCGGUACUUUAUGCAGAAGGAAAUUUUCGAACAGCCCGAAUCGGUGGUGAAUACGAUGCGUGGUCGCGUCAACUUCGAAAGCAAGAAGGUGACGCUCGGCGGCAUUAAGGACUACAUCCCGGAGAUUAAGCGCUGCCGGCGGCUGAUGUUGAUUGCGUGCGGCACGUCAUACCACAGUGCGGUCGCCACACGGCAGCUGCUGGAGGAGUUGACCGAGCUGCCGGUAAUGGUGGAACUCGCGUCCGACUUUCUCGAUCGCAAUACGCCGAUCUAUCGGGACGAUGUGUGCUUCUUCAUCUCGCAGUCGGGCGAAACGGCCGAUACGCUGAUGGCGCUGCGGUACUGCAAGCAGCGCGGUGCACUGAUCGUCGGCAUCACCAACACGGUCGGCAGUUCGAUCUGUCGCGAAUCGCACUGCGGGGUGCACGUGAAUGCGGGGCCGGAAAUUGGCGUUGCCUCGACGAAGGCCUACACGUCCCAGUUCAUCUCGCUGGUAAUGUUUGCGCUGGUGAUGAGCGAGGACCGGCUGUCGCUGCAGGGUCGCCGGCUGGAGAUCAUCGAGGGGCUGCGCAAUCUGGACGCCCACAUCAAGCAGGUGCUGAUGCUGGACCAGAAGGUGCUGGAGAUUGCGCAGGAUCUGUACCAGCAGAAGUCGCUGCUGAUUAUGGGGCGUGGGUAUAACUUUGCCACCUGCAUGGAGGGUGCGCUGAAGGUGAAGGAGCUGACGUACAUGCACAGCGAGGGCAUUAUGGCGGGCGAGCUGAAGCAUGGCCCGCUGGCGCUGGUCGACGAUACGAUGCCGAUCGUGAUGAUCAUCAUGCGCGAUCCGGUCCAUCUGAAGUGUAUGAACGCGCUGCAGCAGGUGACGGCCCGGGAAGGUCGUCCGAUCAUCAUCUGCGAGGAGGGCGAUGCGGAGACGAUGACGUUCGCGUCGAAGGCGCUGGAGAUACCGCGAACCGUCGACUGUCUGCAGGGUGUGCUGACCGUCAUACCGAUGCAGCUGCUGUCCUACCAUAUUGCGGUGCUGCGCGGCUGCAAUGUCGAUUGUCCACGAAAUCUCGCCAAAUCGGUCACGGUCGAGUAG